UGCCAGCCACGGUGGCCCUCAGGUAAGCCCACCACACCCCUUCUUUAGGUCUGUGGUUAGGGUUUUUAGGAUUGGGGAAAAUUUUGGUGAUUUUUUCCUGUAGCUAGGGUUUUGGGUUUUUGGGAUCUUGGGGAAUUUCUUAGGAUUAGUACUUAAUUGAUUCAAUUCCCCUCCUUCUGCAUACUUAAUUCAAACUCUAGUAUAGUUUAACAUAAUUUUUUGGGCGUGAUCUUCAUAUUAACAGAGGCAAGAUCAUGAAUUUCACAACAUGAACACAUGAACAGGGGCCUUUUGGUAUGAACUUGGGUUCAAACUUAGGACUAGAUGGCUCUGGUGCCAUUGUUAGAUGUGCAGGAUCAUCUAGCCCAAGAGAGAACCACAAAUAGAGAUGGAAUUAUGGACAUACCUUGAUUUACUUGAGCACCCUGCCUUUGUUCUUCUUUUGUUCUUGCAUCUAGGGCUUGUUUUGUUGGAGGUGAGCCCUUCCUGUGGUUUCUGUGUGAUAGCUGAGAUUGGGCAGUUUGGGCUAAGGUAGUCUAUUUUUGCUUAGCUUUUCAAUCACCUUUGUUUGGGAUGCCUUAGCCCUAUAUAUAUGCACAACACCACAGGGGGACAACACCAUAUAGGGGUUUCUAGAGCCCUAUAAUCAAGAGCCCAAAUUCAAUUAGAACUUGUAUACUAACAGCAAUUAUUAGUCAGCAGAUUUUUAUUUUAACGCUGACAUCACUGCCGACAUGAUCAACCCAACACCCAGAACCUUUGCCGUUCACUGAAGAAAAUGCAGGCCUGAAUCUGACAACAAUCAGGCGCUGAAAUGCUCGAUUUGAGAAACACGUGCGCGCACAUGGUCCGGGGUGUUUGGUUGUUUGCAAGUGAAGAUUAUUAUGCCCUUUAUUUAAAAAAAGAUUAUUAUGCCCCAUCAGAAGUGUUUGCGACGAUUCCUUUCCAGGAAUUUUUCUGCGUAAGUUCGGUCACAUGGUAUUGUAUCAGGCUAUCAGUUGGACAUAAAAGACAGCGGGGCACGUUUGGAUACAAGUUUCUUAGUUGGACAUAAAAGGUAGUUGGACAUUAACAGACUGCAGGGUAGUGUGCCACCUGACAUUGGUAGGCUGAAGGAUCUCAAGGCGCUGAACCUGGAGUCUAACCAGCUUGAGGACAAAUGGGACAGGGACUGGCCUGUGAUACAAGCACUAGGGAAUUGCAGUAGGCUGUUUGGGCUGAGUCUUUCUAGUAACAGGUUUCAAGGUGUGCUUCCCCCUUCUCUUCUCAACCUCACCAUUGGCAUACAACAAAUCUUAAUGAAUGGAAACAGGAUAAGUGGUUUGAUUCCCCAAGAGAUUGGUAAAUUGAGUAACCUUCGUGUUCUUGCGCUUGCUGACAAUGCCUUGACUGGUACCAUUUCAGACACCAUUGGUGGUCUUCGCAACAUGACUGGGCUAGAUGUCUCUGGCAAUAACUUAUCUAGUGAGAUCCCACCUAUGCUUGUUGCAAACCUUACUCAGCUUGCUUUCCUGGAUCUGUCACAGAACGAAUUGCAUGAAAGCAUACCCGAGAGCUUUGGAACUAUGAGAAAUAUUGUGAUUCUAGACUUGUCGUACAAUCAGUUUACUGGCAUGAUACCAAAACAGGUUCUCAGUCUCUCCUCUCUAACCCUGUUCCUUAACCUGUCUCACAACAUCUUCUCAGGUCCAAUACCUUCAGAAGUAGGUAGAUUGACCAGCCUUGGGAUUUUGGACUUGUCGAACAAUAGGCUCUCAGGAGAGAUACCACAGGCGCUCUCGCAAUGCCAAGCGAUGGAGUACUUAUUUCUGCAGGGAAACCAGCUUGUUGGUAUGAUCCCCCAAUCACUCAGCUCACUAAAAGGGCUUGAAUACUUGGACAUGUCACAGAAUAACUUGUCCGGUUCAGUGCCUGAUUUCUUAUCAACAUUGCAGUACUUGCGUUACCUGAACCUGUCCUACAACCAGUUUGACGGACCAGUGCCGGCAAUAGGAGUAUUCAAUGAUUCAAGAAACUUCUUUGCUGCUGGGAACAGAGUUUGUGGUGGUGUUUCGGAGUUGCAGCUGCCGAAAUGUUCUGUUACUGAUAACUCUGCGACUGAAUCAGCAGCUUGUGCAGAGUAAUGAGAGUGAGACAUCUCAUGCGCCAAAGUUGAUAGAGGAGCACUGGAAAUUGUCCUAUGCUGAACUGCACAGGUCUACUGAUGGGUUUUCUGUGGCUAAUCUCAUUGGUGUUGGAAGCUUUGGCUCAGUGUACAGAGGAACACU